AUGAGUUCACCCUCAAACAAGCACACGGAAGCCGUGCGUCUCGUAAUACGUUUGCUUCCCCCAGGGUUAACCCAGGACCAGUUUGAGGCCCAAAUCACCCAAUAUACUACCCAAUGGCAUCUUGUGAACAACUACUAUUAUGUGGCUGGAGCGUAUCCAGAAAAGCCAUAUGAACUCCCUACGUACUCCAGAGCGUAUUUUGUGGUUCCAGACGCCGAUACGGCAACCAAGGUACAAGCGGAGUUGCGUGCAAAGGCUUUUUCAGACGGGGAACUGAACGGUGCAAGUGUUCCAAUAAUAGGAAAGGCAUUGUACGAGAAUAAAGAGUAUGCUGCUGUUCCUCGAACGAUACUCAAGGAGAGGAAGAAGAAGAAGACAAUUGAGCAGCUUGCACAGUUUCAGCGGUUUGUGGCGUUUUUGGAUGGAAAGACUGAGUCGUAUCUGUUUAAAGCACCCAAGAAGCAAAAGAAACCCAAAGCUAAAAACCAAAACACCGACCAAAAGGCUAAAAAUAAGAGCUCCGAGAAGGACAAGGAUACAAAGGAAACCACCAAGAAGCCCAAAAAGAAAUCCAAGAAACCAAAAACUCCAAAAGACAAAGAUGUACUGAAAGAACCUAACGAUCCAAAAAUUGUCGAGAAAAAGAAGAAGAAAAAGAAACCCAAGGCUCCUCAAAAUGCUCCAGGAACUGCUAAGCAAGGAAACAAAGCACCGCAACCCAACAAAGACCUGGUUUCUGGUGAGCAAUCCGGCCAACAAUCCAACCAGAAUUCUCAUAAAGGUGAGAACGAUGUAAAAGCACCCAAAAUUAACCAGAAAAAAAAACCAAAACCACCCAAAAAGAAGCCAAAGGGUAAACCACCCGCAAGCUCUCCAUCGAACCCACAAGGACCUGCUGGGUCGCAAACUCAACCAACCAAUGCUACUUCCUGA